AUGGUAUCAGUUGCAAACCACUCUACAUUGGGCUAUCCUUUAAAAGUAUCUGGAAGCUUCAGCUGGUAUCAAAAACUAAGCAAUCUUGAGUGCCCUAAGAUUCUGGUUGAGAAGGAGAAGAAAAUUCCCGGAGAGAAGAAAAACAUGGAAGGAACUGGUGACAGCAGUCGCUCUGAGCUUAGUCCAUGGCCUGACUAUAUUAACCAACGCUUGGAAAUGUACCACAAACUUAAAGCAGAACAUGAUGCUCUUCUAGCAGAGCGAGCUGCUAAAGACAGUAAGCCCAUUAAAGUGACCUUACCUGAUGGCAAACAAAUUGAUGCUGAAUCCUGGAAAACUACACCAUACCAAAUUGCCUGUGGAAUCAGUCAAGGUUUGGCAGACAACACAGUUAUUGCUCGAGUGGAUAAAAUGGUUUGGGAUCUUGAUCGUCCUCUGGAGAAAGACUGUACCUUGGAAUUACUCAAGUUUGAUGAUGAAGAAGCUCAAGCAGUGUACUGGCAUUCUAGUGCUCACAUAAUGGGCGAAGCCAUGGAAAGAAUAUACGGUGGUUGCUUGUGUUAUGGCCCACCAAUAGAGAAUGGAUUUUACUAUGAUAUGUUCCUUGAAGAUGGGGGUGUGUCCAGCAAUGACUUUCCUGCCAUAGAAGUCUUGUGCAAGAAAAUCAUGAAGGAGAAACAACUUUUUGAGCGACUGGAAAUUAAGAAGGAAACUUUGCUUGAAAUGUUUAAGUACAACAAAUUCAAGUGUCGGAUCUUAAAUGAAAAAGUCACCACUCCAACUACUACUGUAUACAGGUGUGGCCCUUUGAUUGAUCUUUGUAGAGGGCCCCACGUCAGACAUACUGGGAAAAUAAAGGCCUUAAAAAUACAUAAGAAUUCUUCUACUUAUUGGGAAGGAAAGUCUGAUAUGGAAACCUUGCAAAGGGUUUAUGGCAUCUCCUUCCCUGAUGCAAAAAUGCUGAAAGAAUGGGAAAAGUUCCAAGAAGAGGCUAAGAACCGGGAUCACAGGAAAAUUGGACGGGAUCAAGAACUCUUUUUCUUCCAUGAACUGAGUCCUGGGAGCUGUUUCUUCCUUCCGAAGGGCGCUUACAUCUAUAAUACACUGAUAGAAUAUAUCAGGAGCGAGUAUCGAAAGCGAGGCUUCCAAGAAGUUGUGUCUCCAAACAUCUACAACAGCAAGCUUUGGGUGACCUCUGGCCAUUGGCAGCAUUACAGCGACAACAUGUUUUCGUUUGAGGUGGAAAAGGAGAUCUUCGCUCUGAAGCCCAUGAACUGUCCUGGACACUGUCUUAUGUUCGAUCAUCGGCCAAGAUCAUGGAGGGAGCUGCCUCUGCGCCUGGCUGACUUUGGAGUUCUGCACCGUAACGAACUGUCUGGGACGCUGACCGGUCUCACCCGAGUGAGGCGAUUCCAGCAAGAUGACGCUCACAUAUUUUGUGCCAUGGAGCAGAUUGAAGGGGAGAUCAAAAGUUGCCUGGAAUUCUUGCGCGCUGUGUAUGAUGUCUUUGGUUUUUCCUUCAAACUUCAUCUCUCUACCCGUCCCGAAAAGUUCCUUGGAGAUAUUGAAGUGUGGAAUGAAGCUGAAAAGCAACUUGAAAAUAGCCUGAAUGAGUUUGGAGAGAAAUGGGAACUGAACCCUGGAGAUGGAGCUUUCUAUGGGCCAAAGAUUGAUAUCCAGAUCAAAGAUGCCAUCGGGCGGUACCAUCAAUGUGCCACCAUCCAGUUGGAUUUCCAGCUCCCUCUGAGAUUUAACCUCACAUACAUGAGCCAUGAUGGCAAUGACAAAACGAGACCGGUGAUUAUACAUCGUGCCAUUUUGGGAUCAGUGGAGAGGAUGAUUGCUAUCCUGACUGAAAACUAUGGAGGCAAAUGGCCACUCUGGUUAUCUCCUCAGCAAGUGAUGGUAAUACCAGUUGGACCAACAUGUGAGGAAUAUGCACAAAAGGUGAAGCAACAGUUCCAUGAUGCUGGUUUAAGGGUGGAUGUUGACGUGGACCCUGGUUGCACUCUGAAUAAGAAGAUCAGAAACGCUCAGCUUGCUCAGUACAAUUUUAUUUUAGUUGUUGGUGAGAAAGAGAAGGCCUGUGGGACUGUGAAUAUCCGUACGAGAGACAACAAAAUUCACGGUGAACGUACUGUGCCUGAAACAGUAGAAAGGCUACUGCAACUAAAGCGUGACCACAGCAAAAAUGCUGAAGAAGAAUUUUAACCAAAUCCUUUGCUUCUUUACCUCCAAUUAGAGCUAGCUUUCUCAUUCUCUCCUAUGUUAGUUUCGAGAGAUAUAAAGUUUUGCACUAUCCAGUCUUUGAAAUAAAUCCUACACAUUUAUAGGUUCAGAAUUCAGAUAAGAGAUGAAACUGAAAAUCUUGGUAGGAUGAGGGAGAUUAUUUUGAGUAGCAACUGGAUAAAAGCUUCAGAAAUGAACUAUCUUAAGAUCCAGAGUAAAGGCUAAUCCGGGAUUCAGAUCAAACCUCUUCACUGUUUUUCUUCACAGAAUAAAUUUGGUUAAAAAUGCCUUCUGAUUUUCGACAAAGAGUUCAUGCCCGUGGUUUUUUUUUUUGGGGGGGGGGCGUGGUUUACAAUUCCUGUUCGUUCUUCUGUUUCAUUUACAACAGUUUGCCAAACUUGGCAACUUUAAGAAGGCUGGGAAAUUCUGGGAGUUGAAGUCCACACAUUUUAAAAGUCCACAAGUUGGACAAACACUGAUUUACAAUAUAAUCUAAUGCAGAACAUCAAAACUCUCCCAAUAUUUCCCUGCAUCAGGUCGGUUCUGUUGUAAACAGUUAGAUUACCUACACUUCUGAGAUUUAAAAUAGGAUCACAUCCUGCUUAAAGUUGAAUAAAUGAUGUCUCCUCUUA